GUCAGCCAAUCUGAUGUAGCCUGCUACAGUAAAGGGUACUACACCAAGGGGAGGCGGGGUUAUCAUAAGCUCUUCUCCAUUAAAACACCCUAUGCAACUGUGUCUAUCGGAAUUGAUCGGAGCUUCUGCUGUCAAGACAUUUUAUGGGAUUCUCUUUAUGAUUCAGGAGAGAAAUUUUACAAAAACGGUUUGUUACGUAACAGAGGAGCCCCAACGAGUAUAUAUUCUUCAUAUCUUUUCAUCCGCUCUCCAAUACCACUCAGUACCUUAUCUUCCAAUCCCCCGCAUGUCAAGUUGGAAACUCAUCUAUCGUCAUGGCAUCAAACCAACCAAAGAGCUGCUGUACAACUGGUACUCUCCACGAAGGUACACCAACGGGAAAGCUUAUCAAACUCGAAGGGGGGUUCGAUGCCUAUCUCUCAACUGCGCCGGACGAGAAUCCGAACAAAGGCAUAGGCAUUUUAUUUGCUCCGGAGGCAAUGGGUAUAUAUCCGAAUAGCCAGCUCCUGGCGGACAGUUUUGCUGCCAAAGGAUACACUACGCUUAUCCCAGACGUAUUCAAUGGAGAUGCAGUACCAUUGAACAAGUUUCCGACCAUUGACCUAAUGAGUUGGCUUACCAAGGGCUCCAAUGGCAAUAAUCCUCAUACUACCGAGCACGUUGACCCUAUUCUUGUUGCUGGAAUCAAAGCAUUAAGGCAGUUGGGAAUACAUCGAAUUGGAGGUGUUGGAUACUGCUUUGGUGCUAAGUAUGUAUUACGACAUUUCAAGAGCGGUAUUGAUGUCGCUUUUAUUGCUCACCCAAGCUUCGUCGAGGAAAACGAGUUGGCUGCUUUAUCGGGACCUUUGUCCAUUGCAGCAGCUGAAACUGAUUCUAUAUUUACUACCGCGAUGAGACACAAAUCGGAAGAAAUCCUCAUCAAAACAAGACAGCCCUUCCAGAUAAACCUCUUUUCUGGAGUUGAGCAUGGCUUCGGAAUUCGAGGUGAUCCAGCUGUGAAGGUACAGAAAUUUGCCAAGGAACAAGCAUUUUCCCAAGCAAUUGCCUGGUUCAAUGAAUAUUUGUUGAAAGAAUAAAUGUGCACAAAGAAGGAACGAAUGGUCGUUAACAAUGUAAGGCGGUGGAGACCACCUGGAUCUGGUCUCAAGGACACAGGGGUAUCAUUUCACAGAAAGUCGAUAUGUUGCUGCAAGUUUGCGUAAAUUGGAAGUUUUCCUGGCGCCCUAAGUGAACAAUGAGACAAUAAAAUGUGAUAUC